AUGAUUCUCAGGUUAUUGAUCUCUUUUCUACCGCUAUCAAUUGCGGAAAUUGCUGAUUACACAACGAAACCAAAAGGUCAAAAUCCGACACUUUAUUCGGCUGACGAUCACGUGAUUCAGUUGGAUGAAUUCACAUUCAAUGAUACUAUUUAUUGUCAAGGAUCUGAUUGUACCGCUUUUUUGGUUGAGUUCUACUCGGAUUGGUGUGGGCACUGCAGAGCCUUUGCUCCACUUUAUAAACGGUUAGCCGAUGAUGUGAAGGGGUGGUCGCCUGUUGUAAAAGUGGCCGCAAUCAAUUGUGCCGAUCAAGUGAACGAGGCGACUUGUCGAGCGAAUGGAGUACAAUAUUUCCCAUUCAUCAAGUACUUCCCACGAAACUCUUCUCAAUCAUUCGACGGGAACAAGUUGAAAGCUUUCCAAUCACUUGCCGAGAUGAGAGAUCAACUUACAAAGGUUGUGAUUGAUGAUUUCUCAGUGAAUCGUUUCCCAGAUUGGCCUGAUUUCGAUUACUUGAAUGAUGUUACCACAUAUGGCCAUUUAUGGGAUGGAGUUGACGCGUCGGCUCAAUUUUUGGCCAUCGUCUUCGAGUCACAUCAAACGAGUUUAACGGGGGCACAACUACUCCUCGACCUUUCCAAACAUCGUGAUCGUUUGGUGGCUCGGCGCUCAUUGCGGACGAAUCACCUCACCGAUAUCCUCCAUUUAACGGAUUUCCCAUCAAUUGCCAUAUUUAAGAAGGGAGAAACUCAACCAGUUCACGUAUCAGAAAUUCGUCGAAUGUUGUUGAGUGAAGUUGAGGCUUUCUUGGGAACACCGACAAAAUCCGUCUCCAACUCGAUCAUUCAAAUGCACAGUCGACGUGUGAAUCGAACGGCCCAAUGUGAAGAGAAUCCGGAUGAGUGUCGACCAUUGUACUUCGUCUCCGAAGUGGAUAUGUUGAAAGCGAUGAGAUACGCUCUCUACAGAGAAACCGCCAGAAACGGUACCCCACUUCAUGGAAACAAUCUGACUGCUUUGUACCAAUUCUUGAACGCGCUUUCCGAUCAUUUCCCAACUACAACAAGCCCCGAUGGAGGACAUAAUGAGAGUACCCUUGACCGAUCCACGAGAGCCGUUCGCGUCUUCAUGCGAUUGAGGGAAUUUUUGGAGAAACGAGGGCUCGAUAAGUCGAUUCCCGUGGAGGAUUGGCAGAAAGAGUUUCUCGAUGCUGAGAGUGACUCCGGCAGUCCUUUCCCAACGACAGCCGAAUGGGAUCACUGCAAGGGCUCCACUCCACAAUAUAGAGGAUACACGUGUGGACUCUGGACGACUUUCCAUACGAUUUCUGUAACGGCUUAUAGACAAGGGGCAAAUAGCGCCGAUUUCCAUCCGCUUCCAAUUCUUCACGCGAUUCGCGACUGGGUCGGGAAUUUCUUCGGAUGUCUCCAUUGUCGAGAACAUUUCCUUCGAAUGGCGACGAAAUCUUUCAAAAUUGAGGACAAUGUGAAAACCCGUGAGGAUGUUUUCCUUUAUUUGUGGGAAGCGCACAAUCGAGUGAAUAAACGUUUGAUGGGAAGAGAUACGGAAGAUCCAAAAUUCCCAAAAUACCUCUUCCCGGCGAAUUUCCUCUGUCAGAAUUGUUCGGGCAAUGAAACUUCUCGAGAGAAUUUGAAAGAUUUCCUCCUCUCAUAUUACUCGGAAAUCAAGCCAUACAAGGGGAAAAAUCUCUUGGAAAACUUGACAAGAAAC